UCAGGUGAAGUGCGCGGCAAUAGGUUUUGCGCGCGCGCUCUUCACAGCCGGAAGGCGGUUUCUGAGACGAAGUUCUGCUUCCAUCGCCCGACGAGUUUAUUUUAUCGGACGCUUGAAUUGGAUCUCUACUUUGACGUAUUCUUACUGUUUCGAAAUUCAUAGCGUUUCCGAUUUGUUUCUAUUUCGCUGCGUUCUUCGGACUGUCGCGAUUUGAAGACAAGGAAUGGCUAAAUUGUCUUCUACGUUGAGACUAUUUGAUGCACAUUGUCACCUCCAAGAUCCAAGAAUAUUUGAUAAAGCACCUCAAUUAAUUAGUGCAGCAGUGGAUUCUGGUGUUGUUCGUUUUGCUGUUAAUGGAAUCUCUGAGAAAGAUUGGCAUUUGGUCAAGCAAUUGAGUGAAUUGCAUCCUUGCAUAGUUCCAUCCUUCGGACUUCAUCCCUGGUAUGUUCCUGGAAGAACUCCUGGCUGGCUUGAAAAACUUAAGGAGUUUUUUGAAGCAGUACCAAGCGCAGCAGUUGGAGAGAUUGGUCUGGACAAAGGUUCACGAGGAAGGGAGAUCAAUUUUACGGAUCAGAUUGAGGUCUUUCAGCAACAGCUAGAGCUUGCUAAGUCUUUAGAAAAACCAGCAUCCAUCCACUGUGUUCGUGCUUUUGGUGACCUCCUUAAUAUAAUGAAAUCUAUGGGACCUUUUCCUGCUGGUUUCAUUCUGCAUUCAUAUCUAGGAUCUGCUGAGAUGGUUCCGGAGUUCUCCAAGCUAGGUGCUUACUUUUCAUUCUCUGGUUUUCUAAUGUCCAUGGAGGCAAAGAAGGCAAAGAAAAUGUUGAAAAUGGUGCCUUCAGAUAGGAUUUUGUUGGAGACUGAUGCGCCCGAUGCACUUCCCAAGUCAAAGUCAAACUCCCUCUAUUUAGUUGAAGGCGAUCCUUCUCUUACCGAAUUUCUUAAGGCCCAAGAACAAUCUGCUCCAACAGGCUCACAACAAAGUACUUUGCUUUGUUCCUCUACAGAUGCAUCAACACUGCCGAGAGAGACUCUCAAUCACCCAGCAAAUAUUCAAAAUGUUCUUGAUUACGUCGCAUCUUUAUUGGGGAUCAGUAAAGAAGAACUUGCUGAAUUGAGUUAUAGAAAUGCGGAGCAUUUAUUCUCUUUCAAUGGUGUACAAACUUCUUAGGGAAGAAUCCAAAUAUUUAGGUGAUGUUUUUAACAACUUUGUAUAAUACCCCCUUCUCACUAACAUUUAUCUUACCAUCUAGCAAUGAACUCUUUUUUUGUGGAAUAAAAGUCAGGCGAUGCCUUUCUGGUGCUUGUCUUUGGUAUCGUGUAUCAAUGAAAAGAAGAACCUUCUAACAACGCAGCCAUUGUAGGACUAAUGGCAUUUGAGAGGUAGAUAUAUGUAUUAA